AGGACUGCGCAUGCGCAAAGGCAGCCAGCUGUUGCAAGGCAGCGCGCGGCGCUCCCCUGAACACUCGCGGUGCUGCAUCAGAUCAAUAUCCUCCCAUCCGCAGACAGCCGCUCCACCGAGGCUUCCCGCUGACUCCUGCUCGCGUCUGCGCAUGCCCGGCAAAUGAGAAAGACCAAAGAAGUCACCCAAAAAGUUCGACAGAAGGGUUUAGAGAAUCAGAAGAAAAAUGGGAAGAAAGAAAAUACAGAUUUCUCGAAUUCUCGACCAAAGAAAUAGACAGGUGACCUUUACCAAACGUAAGUUCGGCCUGAUGAAGAAGGCGUAUGAACUGAGCGUGCUCUGUGACUGUGAAAUCGCCCUCAUCAUCUUCAACAGCACCAACCGUCUGUUCCAGUACGCAAGCACAGACAUGGAUAAAGUGCUGCUCAAAUACACCGAGUACAGCGAGCCGCACGAGAGCCGCACCAACACCGACAUACUGGAGACCCUGCGGAGGAAAGGUCUCGGUCUGGACAGCUCAGAGCUGGACACCGAGGAGAGUGUGCAGGUGACAGCUGACAAAUACCCCCUCAGUGAGAGCUUGGAUCUCUCUGUGGCUCGUCAGCGUCUCUACGCCCCUGCUCUGCUGUCCCCGGAAACACAGCUCAUCGCAGGCUGUGAAAACAGUUUUCCCAACUCCUCUGCAUCAAACCUGACCUCCAACAGAACCCUGGGCUUCAAAGCUGUGAGCUGCAGACCAGGCUCCUCCAGCCCUGCUGCAUCACAUGUGCACACAACGCUCAUGUCUCCUCAUGCAGGUAUUGGCUAUUCAGUCUUCUCCCAUGGCAACGUAAACCGAGCUCUGGACAUGAAAAGCCCUCCUCCUCUGAACCUGGGCAGCGAGAACCUGCGGGCGGAUGUUGCUAAUGCGGGCUUGGGAUCCACACGAGCGAACCAUAACUCUGCUCAGAGGGGUUUCUUGUACCAGGGCCUGCAAGGCAGCAACCCCAUGGUGGCCAUGGGCAAGGCGGGGCUUUUGAGUCACGGUUUGGGAGGCUAUGGCCUUCCUCCUGGAACUGCUGACUACAACCAGCCUUGCUUUUACCAGUCUGUUUCUUUUCAACGGGGAGCGGUGAAUCCGUGGCAGCCAGCAGUCCUGCCUCAGCAGCCGUACGGCGCUCACGUCAGCUCGGGGAUGUCCAGUGGAGGGUGCUCUUUCCCCAGUCAGACUUGCUCCUCAGACUCUGCACAUUUGCCCUCCCUCAACCUCAGCAUCAAAUCAGAGAGAAGCUCUCCAGAGCACAUGCCUUCACCUUCCACCCCUCCUCUUCACCACCUCCGGCAGCGAUCUCCGAUGAGCGAGCCCGAUCCCGCUCGCCGCACGCCUCCGGAAACACAUCUGACCAACGGGGCCAAGGCGUUUCCCAAAGCCGGCUACCUCCACGAGGAAGAGGUGGGGGGGCAUCCGCUCAGGUCGCUGGAGACGGACGACGGCUGGCAGAGAUAGCCCGCCGCCGCGCUCCACCAGCACCUCCCCUUCAGCUGACCUGGGGGGCGGGGAGAAAUGCGCCUGUCUGUCUGCGCUCACGGAGCUGGUCUCUCCUGGGGGUGGAGGAACCACCACCUGCUUGAUCACAUGAGGUGAACGAUGCACACCGACUUUUGCUUUUCACUCUGGUUGGUUUUCUGUUUGGUUUUUCACUGAAUUCUAAGUUAUUCAGUCAGAGAGUUCACAGUUAGUCUGUUCUGGUCUAGUUUUAGACUCACCUGGAUGUUCGUACAUCAGGACAGUUUUGGCUUUCAUCGAAUGAUUUGUGAACCUGGAAAUUCCAACUUUAUUCUGUCUAGCUGAAAGAAUUUCUGGGUUUUUUUCUGACUAAGGAAUCAAGUCGUUUUUCUUCCGGAUAGGAAAAAACUCACAAAAAUGACUCAAUUUUUUUUUUUAGUGUUCCAAAGUGGAUAUAGUUCACUCUGAAAGGAUUUAGAAAAUUGUGGUUUGGCCCCUUUAAUAGAAUAAUGAAGUUUACUGGUAUUUUUAGGGUAAAACGGACAUUUAAAAGAAAUAGAAAUCGAUUCUAUUCAAGCUGUGACCUGUAGACUACAAACACGUCACACGCUCCACAAAUCAAAUAUAAAAGUAUAAAAAAUCUCAUUGAAUUUGACGUGCCUUCCAAUGAGAAUAAAGAUCUGCUUUGCAACCUAGAUGUAUUUGUUUGUCCUGAUGUUUGUAUCGAGGAUCCUGCAUACCUGACGGUAGGGCUGGGCCAUCCUGAGUGUUCGGGUUUCGAUCCGAUAUUGGUCAGUAUCGCGAUACCGAUAUUGAAUAUUUUUGGUAAAUGCGGUAAAUCUGACAAGAACCUCAAAAUCUCAAAUAUUUUUAUUCUCUAUGAAUGCUUUUUUGUAACUUUUCCUUACUGGAUUAACAUAAAAAUAGAAUUAGGACCAUUCUUUUCAAUUAAAUGAAAAACAGUUUAUUCUUGAAAUUAAAUAAAAGGUGAAGAAGUGAAGCAAAACAGUCAACAAACCAAAAGAAACACAUGGUGGUGAGGCAGCGACUCAGCUGGAUCCUGACUCAGAAAAGUUUCAAACUAGAGUGGAAAUACUGGUAUCUGCGCGUCGGUUCUGAUCCAAAACCAAUUUGAGAUCGAUACUAUCGAUAUUGUGGAUCGAUCCGCCCAGCACUAUCUGACAGUCUCCCGGUAGACUUUCAUUCUGAACAAUAAUUCUGAAACUAGACUUGAAAAAACGUUUCUAUAUAAAGUUAAAGUAUUUUAUUAUUUUUUUAAUAAAAAUACCACAAAAACUUUCUCUGCUCUUCACCAUGUUUGCCAAUGUGUCAAUAUAUUUUCUACUGGAGGGGAAUAUUGCCAAUUUCUAAUAAAAAUAGGCUUUUCUAUAGAACUGCAGGUUUAAUCCUUGAAGACCGGAGCUCCAGUGUUUAUGUUGUUUGAUUUUUGUAACUUUUUAACCGUUAACAUGAUCCUUCCAGUAGAUUUUAAAGGAGAAAAGCCGAGCCGCUUUUCUCCUUUAAAAUCUACUGGAAGGAUCAUGUUAAUACUUGAAAAGUUUCAGAUUUUGUGUUUAAGCGUCACCAGCGACGCCUCAGGUGUUAAAGGGUUAAACAUUACUGACCUUUAAUGACCUUUUUAUUUCCCAUCCACAGAUAAAAUCUGUUUUUCUGCUUGUUUUAGGUCCCACUUCCAGCUUUUUCUUCUUAACUUGAUUUUUUUUUUCUUGGUUUUGUAGACACAAACACAUUGAUGUUGUUGUUAUUGUUGUUUUCCUCUGCUUUUUCUGUUUUUUUUACUAGAGGGACAUUUGAACCUGCUGGUGUUUUGAGUUUCAGGUGCUCAAAGGUUCUCUGUUUGCUUUAUUUCCCUCCAAAGCAGAAAUAAAAAUAAUCGAGGAUUAAUGGAAUGCUUGCUGUAAAUGUGUUUUAAAAUAACAAAUGUGGUUCAUUUGUAAUUUGUUACAGUUGGAAAAUCCCUUGAACAACAUUGUUUUCCAUUUUGUCUUGAAGUGAAGCUCCACAUUUACAGUUUAUUUCAGUUUUCUGUGAGUUUGCUGAGUUUUUCACGAGCAGAGUUUUUAUUCAGCUGCAUUUUGUGAGGCUUUUCAAAUAAAAAAAUCACCAGAAUCCUUCUCA